AUGGCUGACACACUGGAGUUCAACGAGAUCUACCAGGAGGUGAAGGGAUCCAUGAACGACGGGCGGCUGCGGCUGAGCCGCCAGGGCGUGAUCUUCAAGAACAGCAAGACAGGGAAGGUGGACAACAUCCAGGCCUCCGAGCUGGCCGAGGGCGUGUGGCGGCGCGUGGCGCUCGGUCACGGCCUCAAGCUGCUCACCAAGAAUGGCCACGUCUACAAAUACGAUGGUUUCCGGGAAUCGGAGUUUGAUAAGCUCUCAGAUUUCUUCAAGGCCCACUACCGCCUGGAGCUGGCGGAGAAGGACCUGUGCGUGAAGGGCUGGAACUGGGGGACGGUGAGGUUCGGAGGGCAGCUGCUCUCCUUCGACAUCGGGGAGCAGCCGGUGUUCGAGAUCCCCCUCAGCAAUGUCUCCCAGUGCACGACGGGCAAGAACGAGGUGACGCUGGAGUUCCACCAGAACGAUGACGCUGAGGUCUCGCUCAUGGAGGUUCGCUUCUAUGUGCCCCCCACCCAGGAGGACGGCGUGGACCCCGUGGAGGCCUUCGCUCAGAACGUCCUCUCCAAGGCGGACGUGAUCCAGGCCACCGGAGAUGCCAUCUGCAUCUUCCGGGAGCUGCAGUGCCUGACGCCUCGCGGGCGCUACGACAUCCGUAUCUACCCCACCUUCCUGCACCUCCACGGCAAGACCUUCGACUACAAGAUCCCNNNNACGACUGUGCUGCGCCUCUUCCUGCUGCCGCACAAGGACCAGCGGCAGAUGUUCUUCGUGAUCAGCCUGGACCCCCCGAUAAAGCAGGGCCAGACCCGCUACCACUUCCUUAUCCUGCUCUUCUCCAAGGAUGAGGACAUUUCCCUGACCCUCAACAUGAACGAGGAGGAGGUGGAGAAACGCUUCGAGGGGCGGCUCACCAAGAACAUGUCGGGCUCCCUCUACGAGAUGGUCAGCCGGGUCAUGAAGGCGCUGGUGAAUCGCAAGAUCACCGUGCCCGGCAACUUCCAGGGACACUCCGGAGCGCAGUGCAUCACCUGCUCCUACAAGGCCAGCUCGGGGCUUCUCUACCCGCUGGAGCGUGGCUUCAUCUACGUGCACAAGCCGCCCGUGCACAUCCGCUUCGACGAGAUCUCCUUCGUCAACUUCGCCCGCGGGACCACCACCACCCGCUCCUUCGACUUCGAGAUCGAGACCAAGCAGGGCACGCAGUACACCUUCAGCAGCAUAGAGAGGGAGGAGUACGGGAAGCUCUUUGACUUUGUCAACGCCAAGAAGCUGAACAUCAAGAACCGAGGCCUCAAGGAGGGCAUGAAGCAGAGCUACGACGAGUACGCUGACUCCGAUGAGGACCAGCACGACGCCUACUUGGAGAGGAUGAAGGAGGAGGGCAAGAUCCGGGAGGAGAACGCCAACGACAGCAGCGACGGCUCUGGGGAGGAGACUGACGAGUCCUUCAACCCCGGCGAAGAGGAUGACGAUGUGGCCGAAGAGUUUGACAGCAACGCCUCGGCCAGCUCCUCCAGCGGUGACGGCGACAGCGACCGGGACGAGAAGAAGCCAGCCAAGAAGGCCAAGAUUGUCAAAGACCGCAAGCCCCGCAAGAAGCAGGUGGAGAGCAAGAAAGGGAAGGACCCCAACGCUCCCAAGCGGCCGAUGUCGGCUUACAUGCUCUGGCUGAACGCCAACCGUGAGAAGAUCAAGUCCGACCAUCCCGGCAUCAGCAUCACAGACUUGUCCAAGAAGGCUGGGGAGCUGUGGAAAGCCAUGUCCAAGGAGAAGAAGGAGGAAUGGGAUCGCAAGGCGGAAGAUGCCAGGAGGGACUACGAGAAGGCCAUGAAGGAGUACAGCACGGGCAGCAAGGAGAGGUCUAAAAAGAAGAAGAAGAAGCAGGAGAAGCAAAUGAAGGGGAAAGCGGAGAAGAAAGGUGCCGCCUCCAAGUCUUUGUCCUCCACCAAGUCCCCUGCCAAGAAUAUGAGCGAGAGCUUCAAGAGCAAGGAAUUUGUCUCCAGCGACGAGAGCUCCUCCGGAGAGAACAAGAAGGAGGACUCGGAGGAGGAGGGAGUCGCCAGCCUGCCCCCCAGCUCGGAGGAGUCCGCGUCCGGCUCGGAUUAG